AUGAAUCACGGUUUCUCUGUCCAUCAGACCUUUGUUAAGAGGGAGCCAGCGACUCAAAGCCGCCAACAUGGACACCAGACCGUAGUCGGACAAUCUCAGGCCACCGUAGGCGCUUUUCCUGUGCAUGGACUGCCCAACAAUUCACACGAAUUGCAUCCUCGGAACCAAUUACAGCAUCAUUACACUGGCUCUCAUCAUCAGGCGCAUAUGGUAGCAAGGCCAAUAGCUCAUGAAGAAUCACAAAUUCUUAAUGAUGGACUAACCCUCAUAAAGGGAAAAGAAGAUUCUGCCGUUCUUACUCGUCGCCCAGAGCGUAACGGAUUUUCAGGUCUGACAGUUUACAAUCUAACCAUUCAUUUAUAA